AUGAAGCAUAGCAUUGGGAUGACCGACUGGCACAGGCGCCAGAACGUUGUCCUGAACAAAAUUACAAAUGCAGAGGUCAAGCACAUCGACUGGCAUGACUUCCUUCACAUCUCAUCCGCCGCCACCUUCCGCCGCCUCAUCGCAGCGGACGUGGUCUACUACUCAGCAGACUUACCAGCCCUGGCUGCCACCAUUGGCGCACAUUUGUGUGAAGGAGGCCGCGCCGACAUCCUAACCGUGCGCCGUGACUGGCGUGGACCUUUGGCCUCUGAGCGCGCUACUGCGGAGGAGCAGUUCAUCACGCACCUGCGGGGCGAUGUUUCGACCGUGCCUCCUGCUCAAGAGCGCCAGCAGAAGGCUCCCCAGCAGGUGGCGCGCCAGGUGACUGCUGCAACAGGAGUUGGGCUUGCUGCCAGUUCUUUGCGAAUGCAAGAAGAUGCGAAGCGCAAGCGUUUGUCGCAUGAAUGGGCUAUCAUGGCAGAAGACUUGCAGGCAGAUAGUGAUAUCCUAUCAUCCUUUCCCAACAAAUCUGGGGUGAGCCUUGCCUUCUUGUUUGAAGACCGUGCUGCAGGUACACUCGCCAAGCAUUCUCAUGGUUGGCGCAAGUGGCUAGAAUUUGCCCGUGCAUCUCAUAUUAACCCCGGUGAUCCAUCCAGUUCUGCUGUGCUGGACUUCUGUGAUGCCCUUUCCGUUGGACAAAUGGAAACCCUCUCUGUGCAAAGAAGCUAUACCUCUACCUUUGACAGUGGUGGCCUGCAAAAUUGCAAUGAAGAUGACUGCUGGAUCAUUGGCUGCUUACUGCUCAUGACCUGGGGUGGGCUUCGGUGGAGUGACGUGCAGCGCUUGCAGUUCUCUUCUUUGUUACUGCGGGAUGGUUCUGUGCGGGGUUAUUCCUGGCGCGCGAAAACAUCAGCGCAGGGGAUGGCUUUCGGUGUUCUCGUGGGGGGAGUGACAGGUAGUGACUGGGGUGUGCAAUUUGGGCAGCGGCUAAUGCAUUGCCAACAGUCGGACCCUGCGCGCGAUUUUCUGAUGGCCAGCGGAGGCCAGCCCAUGGCUUAUACGUCAAUGCUUGGGCAGAUGCGGCGCUGUCUUUGCGAUUACGCAGAUCUUUCACCUGAAACAGCGCGGCAGUUCACACUGCAUAGUUGCAAAGCCAGCAUGCCAAACACUUGCAUCAAAAAGUAUGGGCGGGACGAUGUUUGGCCGCAACUAUUGAGCCAGAAGAAGGUUUUGAAAAGGAUUGCAUGUGGGUGGUGCCCGCACGUGCCGCUAAGCAGAGGUUUAGGGUCUAAGUCCUCGAUGGAAGAUGCAACUGUGCUAGCAUCUUUGUGCAAAGACUUGGACCUCACUGACUCUGAGUCUGAUCCUGAGGAAGCAUGCAGCGGUCCUUCUAGUAUCCGCGAUGCCUCAUCUGACAGUGAUGCGGGUGAAAGCGAUGCAGGGCAUGCAGAUGAGACGACGGAGGAGCUUGAGUUUGCUGGACCUUGGCUGCUGAACGCGCGCACAGGAUGGUAUCAUCGUGCUGCACACCACAAAACAGACGGGGUUGAUGCAGACGAGAAGCAUUGGAGGCUGUCGUGUCGGCCUACAGAGAAUUAUAUGGUGACUGCCAAACUUCCGGACGAAGUGCGGUCCAAGCUGGUGGAGCUGGGUUUCGACACAGAGGACGCAUUCCAAUCCAAGGAUGAUGCGACCUUCGAACAGUUUGCCAAAGAAUUUCUCAUCACAGAUUUGAAAUGGGCGGGGGUGACAGCCGACAAUUGGUCACACAAACCUUUGGUGCAGAAGCUGCGCGGUCUGUGGCAGCGUGUUGGGGGUGGGGGGGUGCCAGUACAAGCCCUUCCUGUAUCAAAUGCGCUCGUUCCGGCAUUGCGCGCUACACCACAAGCUGGCAAAGUCUUGACAGUAGCCGAUCGUGACAGGCUCCGCAGAGAGCUGGAAAAGAAAUACGCUGGAUGCCUGGUUGAAUUGGAAACUUUGCCUGCUAUGAAUUUCUUGAGUAUGGUCAAGAACCAACAUGACAACAAGGCUUGGGACUGGGUACCUUGGAAAAAAGUGCUCAGUGAAAAGGUGGCCUCUGCUGUGAAAGAACGCAAUGCGAUCGCAUGCGCCGACCAAUGUGCUAUGCGAGAAGUGUUUGGACUUUGCUAUGCUGGAGCUAAUUUGGACGAUGCGCUCAGCACAGUGGCAAUUGAUCGGGAUAUGCUCCGAUCCUUGCUCAUGCCCCGGCUAAAAUUGGAGAAGCCGCUAGACCGCGAGCCAUUGAAGCGCAAGAGACCUUUUGAGACGCAGAAACCUGGGGGCGGCGCAGACAAGCGCAAGCCGACCGGUGAGUGCUUCAAAUGGAUUGCUGGGGAGUGCAAAUUGCGUCAGUGCAAGUUCAAACACAAGUGUGCGGCGUGUGGCUCUACAGAUCAUCACUCAGCAGUGUGCGCCAAGAAGAAAGUCCAGCUAGUUGGCGACAGUACAGUCUCAAACGUGAAGAAACUCUGCAAGAUUCGUGGAAAAAUUGAAUUGCCAAGCUUAUCUAGCGUGGCCUCCUUCGUCUCCCAGCACCCCUCCCAGAGCUGGGUACCCUUUAGCCCAGACUUUUCGAAGGCACACAAGCGGGUGAAAGCGCACCCCUCGGAACAAGGGCUCAGUGUGUUUGCAGUGAGAACAGCCGCCGGCGUGACCCGCUGGGCGUAUUACAAAACAGCGCAUUUUGGUUGCAGUUGGGCAUCUUAUUGGUGGUCGCGUCUUGCAGCGGCCUUCAUUCGAACAGCGCGCCGAUUGCUUUUCCAUGCACACUUCCUUUGUGUGUAUGUGGAUGAUGUUCUUGCAUUGCUGCCAAGACGAACAGCAGGUGAAAUGGCGUGUGUUCUGAUUUGCCUUGCGGCUGCGCUGGGCUUCCCUCUGUCUUGGCAUAAACUAGCUUUAGGCAAUUGCCUACAGUGGGUAGGCUGGCUUUGCAAUUUUGAGGGGCAGCCUAUGGCCGCGUUGCCCAAUGAUAAAUUGCAGCUCUUCAGAGCAGCGCUGCGUGACAUUUCCAAAUCACCUCAACAGGUUUGCCGGAAGCAGCUGCAGUCCCUGGUCGGGCGUUUGGUGUGGUACACAGCAGGGGCACACUGGCUGCGCCCAUGGCUGCAAGUAUUUUUCUACGCUCUCAAUAAGCCACGUCUCCAUUUCUUGAAGCUGGACUCUUUGCAAUUGCAAGCACUCAACACACUUCUCAGCCCGCGCAUGCGGGUGCAGCAAGCAGGGGCUCUGUCAGAUGUGCAAGCAGGAUGGGGCCUUCUUGAAAUUGGUGCUCGUUGCGUACAUUCCCCAAAAGAGGACCUGGCAGCGGCCUUGACAGUUUACGGUCAUGUCACUGUCACCGAGCUUCUAGGCUAUUGCUGCACCUUUGAGGAAGUGCCCUUGGCACUAAUCACCUUGACUCGAGACUCAAGAGUGGAGAGCCGAGACAAAAGGCAUCACCAGGCUCCUGAAGAAAAGAAGAAGGGCACCAGUAGUGGUGGCAAGAAGAAGGGCCACCGUAAGAAAAGCACUGAGAUCCUGAAUGUCCCUCAAGCUGUCCGAGGAUCCCGGCAAUUUCAAGCACUGUUGAGAGGGAGUCAGGAAUUUGGCGAGCUGGGUUUGUUGAUGAACAAUGACCGGCUCUAUAAAUACCUCAACCAGUCUUCCCUUCACUGGAAUGACCUGUACAAGUUUGCAGGGCCCAAGCUUCGAGUGGAUGUGGAGAUGCUCGCAGCUGCCAAUCCUGAGCACUUUGGGUGA